AAAAAAUAUCCAUAAAAUAUAAAUCAAAAGAAUAAUCAUACGCGACAUUCACUUAAAUUCCUUCUAAAAUGACUAAUAAUUCACAACUUCGAUGGAAUCCACAAUCAAUAAAUGGAAGACAAGUUUUCUUCACUGAAGAUGCAUACACUAAACUGUUGGGAGCUGAAACACACGAGUCCAGGCUUGCUGAAAGGCUUCAAAAGGUUGGGAUCACUUUACCGCCCCUGGCAAGUGGCAAAAGGAAUCUGAAAUAUAUCAAAGAUGAUUCAGAGGAGGUGGACAAUGAAGGAGAAGGGGAGAAUGUUGAUACACAGAAAGUAGAAGAAAACACCAGGGGAAAUGACAGAGAUGGUAUUGUUAAAGAAGAAUAUGGUGUUAAUGAUAUUGGUAAUGUUGAAAAAGAAACACAUAAAAGUUCAGAGAAAGUUACAAAGGAUGUAAAGGUGGAAAGUGAUUGGACUGGAAGUUGUGUAAGCAAUGUUUCUGUAAACAAAAUAUGUAAAUCAAGCACGGAAACUAUGUGUAAAGAGGAUAUAACAGAAAAGAAGACCAAAAGACAUGUUGACCAACAAACUACUGUUAGAGAACACAAGGAUAAGAAAGUGCAAUCAAAGUUUUAUGAAGGCUUAUCUCCUGUUGAUGUUGAAGUGAAAAAGCCAAAUGAGAUACAGAUGGACACACAUGAAACGGAUAACAAAGAAACAGAGGAGGAAUCUACUGAUGCAUCAGCGACAGAUCCCGCCUUUAAAAUAAGUGAACAGCCUGUGGGAACAUUUAAAAGACCUCUUUCUUACAAAGGGAGAAGGAGAAAAACAGUGGAAACACAACUGUCUGAAGAAACAAUUGAUGUCCAUGAUCAGUCAGAAAAUGUAUCAACAGAGCCAGAACCAGUUCCUGAGGUCACUGGCACACCAGCUGAUGUUCCUGAUGCUAACCCUGAAGAUGUUGUAGGUGAUGGUGAAGGGAAAGAUAUAAAAGAUGAGACAGAAAAGAAACUGGAGACGAGCGUGGAAAGAUACGAAUUCUACAAACAACACUCUGAGUUCUUCCUGCAUUUACACUCCAAGAAGAAAAAGGGGCAAGAAGAAGUAGAAGAAAAAAAAGCUUACAAGCCACGUAUCUACGUGAAGAAGCCAAAACACAAGGAGUCGUGCCUUACGAGGGUCGAUUUAAAGACAUAUCACGACCUGGAGCGACAAUACGGGCAUCUUUUACACGAAACUGAUCAGCCUCAGGGACUACCAGAGCUCGACAUGCUCAGGGACAUGCUGAAGAAAGUUCGCAAGGAACAGUCAGAGGUUCAGAUGUUCCUGCGAGCGCAGUCAAUCAAGUGUGCCCCUGACUAUGCAUACCUCCAUGAGGAGGUCAACAAAUAUGUUCAGAGUAAGAUUGUUUUGCGGCGUAAGCGUGUGUUGUCAUAUCCAAGGUUAUACAAGGUUGUCAAGCGUGUGGACCUGCCGGAGGAUAUCCAGAAUGAUAAUGUGCCAGUACUACAGUAUGUACGACCACUUCUGAGACUGGGCCAAGUGAAGAAGCUGGUUUUGCCAAGUGUCCUACCUGGGAUGCCCCAGCCGCGAGCCCCACUGGAUUGCCAGAAAGUGAACGACCUUGACCCAAUGAUCCGAGACACAUACAAGGGAGCAUUCAUGUGGAAUCAUGAGGUCACAAGUCAGGAUGUGAAUGUUGAACAGCUAGCAGUACCGAACCUUUGUGAUGUGGCUAUGUCCGCCUCUGUAGUGUGCCAUCUUGUGGAUAAUCAGGGGAACAAACGCUACAAACGACACUGGGACAUACCAAUCACAGUGCGGGAAUACAGUAUUGGGGAAGGUGAAAAUGCUGUAACCCACAGGGUAGCUUUCCUAGACAAACCAAUGAUCAGAGCGUCAAGCCUUGCUCCGAAGGAUAAAAAUCUCCUAUACCAUAAGCACGCUAUUAAGGCUGUGGCUUAUCGCACGACUACACGGGAAAGAAUACAGAAGGGAUACACUUUCACAAAGGUGACCCCACUGCAUACGGUUGAAAGCGCUCCUCAGCUUGAAGAUGUGGAAAAAGAACUGUUGGUAUAUGGAAAUGAGUUGAAAAAAACCCUGAUGGUAUUAGGGGAUGAAUCAAAGGAUGAGUUUAGAGGGGAUGGAAAUAAAGGGAUGAAGGGAAAGAAUGCAAAGAAAAAUAGGAAAAAGAAAAACCUAGAUAAAAAUAUAGAAGAUCUUGAGACAUUUGGAAUGGACUUGUUUAAUUUGCCAAAACCUGAACCAAAGCCAGUAAAAGGGAAAACAAGUUUGGAAUUGAAGAAAAAUGAGGAUAGGGAAACUCUGAAUGACACCAAAGAUGAUUCUGACACAAUACUCACGGUCAAAAAGAAAAGAUUGUCAAUUGACGAUGAACUUGAAAAAUUAAAGCUAGAAUUGCAAGGCAUUAAAGAAAAAGCAAAAACAGAUUCAGCAAAGUCUGUUUUAGCUGGUCCAAUAAGCCCUUCUAGUCAGGGUCCUGUAAAAUUUGUUGAGUCUAAAGGGAAGGAAAGCAAGGCAGAGAAUGUGAGUGAAAAGAAUGUAAAGGUAUCAACUAACUGGUCAGAACUUUUGAUGAAAGAAAAGGAGAAACCAUCAGUGGAAGAAACUGUCUUAGACAAGAAAGCUGUUGAAAAGAUAAAAAUGGAGAACAGCUUAAAGUUAAUCAGUGAAAGGCAAACACAUGUAGGAGGUGUUGAGUUUGUCCCAAUUAUGGGUCCUAGUAUGAAGCUACAGGCUGCUGGGCAGAGUUUGAGUUCUCUAAAUCAGCCAUUGGAUGGAAGCACUGAUUCUCCAUCUAAAUCCGUAGAAGCUGCUGUGUCUCCAUCUAAAGAUCAUGUACAUCAGGAAUGUUUUUCAAAAGCUGAACAUAAGACAAAAAAAAUCAUUACAGCAACAAAUGAGCCAAAUAAAGUUUAUAACGAAACUGUCUUAGGUCAGAAUACUGAACCUAAUCAGAAAGGAAGUUGCAAAGAAGUCAAACCAACAAGUUAUGGUGCAAAUACAUCUGAACAGAAAGAUAGAAAAACAUUAAAUAAUGAUAUUCAUAUAUCAGAAGCAGACCAAGAAUUGUCCUUUGUUUUUGCUGAUGACAGUGAUAAAGAUGAGGAUGCACUGGUUAUUGACCUUCCUGAAGCUGAUGGUUCUGCUUAUGAACCAAGUCUUAAGAAACAGAGGAAGACAUCUCUGACUGAACAGGAUAAAGGAAAAAGUGAAAUACUACAUGAUAGUGAUGCAAAUUCUAAAAUUAGUGUUGAAACAGAGACUGCUGCAAAUGCUGAAGUGAGUGCAGAAACACUUGAUUUAACUAAAGACAUAAGUACUGCUGAUAAAGUGAUUACAUCUGGGGAUUGCAAUGAUGUCAUGGAAACUAAAGACUCACCAUGCAGUUCUGAAGUCAGAAGAAAAGCCAAUAAGAGAAAAAAUAUGACUGGAAACAGUGAUGUGUCCUUAGUAACAAGGAGAAUGUUGAGGUCUUCUCUGUCUAAAGUGAAGCAAGAGCCAGCUGAUGUUGCGAUUGAUUCAGACAUAAAGAGUGGUGAUGAUGCUGACCAGCAUGCAAUAAAUGAUGAUGCUGGUAUAUCACAACCAAAGGGAAGGGACGGGAAAGCAGAAAUAUCAGUGAAAAGAGUAACUAGAAGCAGAUCUGUUUCUAUGGAGACAAAUGUUUCAAGUGAGAAGUCUAAAAGGGUAACUAGGGCCAGUCUGGGAUCAGAUAAAGGCUCCAAUGAAGAAACCAUUCCAGUAAAAAGAGGCAGAGGUCGGCCUCGGAAAAUCAAAGAAACACCUGAAAAAAGUCAGGCUGUUAUAACAAAACAACCUGAAACUUAUACAGUAAAUCAUGAGAAUGAGAAAGAGGGUUUUGAAGACUCUGAUAAAAUGGUAACUGAAUUGUCUGAUGACAAUGCUCUGGUUAUUGACAGCAGCGCUUUAGAUGAUGAAAGUGGAAUUAAGGAAGCAAAUAAAUGUACUGACACCCCAGGUAAGACUUCAAAAAAUAUGAGAAAGAGAAAAAGUGAAGGCACCUUAGUUGAAAUAGAUAAAUCCAAAAAUAAAAAACAAAAAAACAAGACAGAUACAGUUGACAAUGUAAAUUCAUCGGUUGUUGAUGGUAAUGAGGAUGAUGCUGCUGCUGAUGAUGAUGGUGCAGGUUUUCUUAGUCCCAAAAAGGGUAUAAGAAGGAUUGUAGAAAGCGAGGAUGAGGGUGAUGAGAAAAUGUUGAUGAUUGUUGAUGAUCAAACUGAAAUAGUUUGUAAACCAAAACGAAGGGGCAGGCCUCCAAAAAAGAAGGAAGAAAGUGACAAAGUAAUGAAUGAAGCUGAAUUGAAGAAAAUAAAAGAAAUGGCAGAAGCUAUGAAAAAGAAAAUAGAUGACAGAAAAGGAGAAGGAGAAGAAAACAACCAAAAAUCACAUAAUAGUACUUGUGAAAAUGUAAAAAAGAUAUCUGGAAAUGAAGAAACACAUGACACAGUUGGGGAAGCUGCAAAUGAGCAAACCUACAAGUCAGUUCUUGAUGAGCUUCUUCCUCAAACAGUUAAAAAUGAAAAACAGGAAACUGCAAAUGGCAUAAAUAUUCCUGUAGAUAAUGCAAAGAUAUCAGAAAAUUCAGAACCAGGAUUUGUUACAAAUGAGACGAAUUCUCCGAUAACUACAGGAAGUGACCCCAGACUACCGUGUGGAUCUCCCCCUGUGGAGAGUAUUCCAACUAAGGAUGUGAGUUAUGGUGUGGAUAGUAUACUCGGGACAUCAUUGUACACAUCCAAAAUAGAGGAUAUCAAGGGAUCAAUCAUAGAGAAGCUUGCAGUGAAACAUGGCAUGUCCCACAUCACUCUCCCGGUUGAUGACAAUGUGACAUAUCACCAGUGGAAAAUUGGGGACAUAAACACCCUGAUCAGGGUGAAAUACCACGGCUUCAUGCCAGACAAGGGACUGGUUCAUCUUGUACCAAAAAUGGAGUACCAGCCCACAAUAGGUUUGGAGCGUCAGACGCCAAGUGAGGUUACUCACAAUUGGAUGUCGAUAUAUGUACGACCUAAUGCAAACCUGGUUAGAUGUCGUGUGAAUCCAUUCAACUCUGAGAUCAUAAAGAUAGAACAUGUCGAGUUCCAGGAUCUGAUUCCUCCAGACUCAAACUUCAGUCCAGAUCAGGCGUUCACAGAUCUGGAAUUAUUACUGAGUGAAAUCAAACAGUUGCCAGUUGGUCAGUACCUGAUGAGGAGCCACCCUGCCAGGGACCAGGUCACAUUUCACCAGGCAGCACCACCAUCAGAACGUGUUGGCUACGAUCUUCAUGCUCACCAAUUAGGCCUGGCCCCGGGGGUAAUGACCCGCCCUCCUGUGGUACAGUGGACCCCUAUUGAUACCAGGUUGUUACUACCGCACCACCGUAGACUGGGACUUCUGCCCUGCAUGUAUACACCACCAGAUAUGUAUGCCGGAGAAAAGCAGGCUACGAAGAACUUAAAAAGAAAAAGAAACAAACAAAAGAAGAAGAAGAAGUUCAAGGCCCCUGAAUAAGACUUUUACUGUGUACACACUUUUAAUAUGUAAGUUGUUGAUGGAAAGGAAAUUUUGGGAAUAUGAUUUACGAAUCUCCACUAUUCCUGUCAGAUGUUGUCUAUUGUUAUGAAUCACAGGUAGCAGAAAGAAUCUUAUCGUUUAAGUAUAACAUGGGCAGCUUUUGAAGUAUAUUUAGCAAAAAACAACUAUUUAGCUUGAAAUAACCCAUGCACCAUACAUAGUAUGACGUCAUAUUUUCUGCUUACGUCAUAAUAAUUGUAGGACACAAAGUUCUUAUGUGUAUCAAAUAGCAUUUUGUAAUCUGUGCAAUAUGACGACAAAUUUGUCUUCAGUUUGUUACAUGUUUUUUGACAUGUUUUGGGCAAUUUUAACACUCCAGUGACCACUCUUGUUUAAAA